AUGGAUUUCGUGCGCGAGCACGGAUUUAGUCUCAGCAAGGAGCGUAAAACGCGCGUGCUAAAUUGGAGAAGGGGAAUUCGAUCACCAUGGAAACGAGUGCGACUGCCGCAACUCUACUUUGCAUACGUCACCACGCAAGGCGGAGUACUUCCGGGUUCCAGUCCGUUGCAUUUUACUGCUUUGGGAGCAUUGAUCAAUUCCUCCCAAGGAAUGGUACAUUUACCUCUGCGACGAACCUGGAAAGGCUCUAUUCGUUUGGCGCUUACUCUUCUUGGACUCCCGUAUACUGUCUGCAACAUUGGAAUAAGGUCUGCUAUCUCCUGCUCACCCUCCCAUCCUUUCAGAAGUAAAAACAUUGGACCCAUUAGUAGCAGUUGCCUUAACUUUUACAUGACCAGUGUCUGGAAAAUGCCAUCUUCAGUAGCAGUGCCUCAUGUGAAGUCCAGAUGCCCACAAUAUCCAGGGUCCACCAUCAAGCGCUUUCCUGUACCUGAUGACAAGGUGGACUGGAGUCAGGACUGGCCACAGUAUCAUCCAGUCAGCUACACUGCCCCUUCAGUUUUAAAUAAGCCAGCAUGGGCAGAUCCUGAUAUUGGCUCUUUUUCUCCACAGUUCAAUGCUGUGGAUGGUGUUGUGGACAGGAAAAGCUUUGAAGGCAGCUACAGAGUGGAAAAUGGGAAGCCAUUAAAUCCGCUUGGACGCACAGGAUUGACGGGUAGAGGUUUGCUUGGACGAUGGGGCCCCAACCAUGCAGCAGAUCCCAUUGUCACAAGAUGGAAGGUAGAUCCCAGUGGAGCAAAGAUGCAUCACCCAGUCUCUAAAAACCCUGUUCUGCAAUUUGUGUCCAUCAAGAGGAAAGACUGUGGGGAGUGGGCCAUUCCAGGGGGUAUGGUAGAUGCAGGGGAGCAGGUUUCUCUCACCUUGCAGCGGGAGUUCUCAGAGGAAGCCUUAAACUCGCUUUCAUUCUCGCCAUCAGAGCGAGCAGAACUUCAUGCGCGCAUCACUAAACUCUUUGAAUCACCAGGGUUUCAGGUCUAUAAAGGCUAUGUUGAUGAUCCUAGAAACACUGACAAUGCUUGGAUGGAGACAGUUGCUGUCAACUUUCAUGACGAGCAAGGCAACAGUGUGAGUGAGCUGCCACUGCAAGCUGGUGAUGAUGCAGGACAAGUUCAAUGGGCUGACAUUGAUUCGUCUUUGGCCCUCUACGCGAGUCACUCCCUUUUCCUGGAGCUGGUUGCCAAAGAGAGGAAAGCCCACUGGUAACUAAAGGCAAAGGCUUUUCUUAUGUAACAAAAAAAAAACAAAAGCCUUUAGAAUACUUGCAUAUUUAUCAAGCAUGACUCCCCUGCUAAAUUA